UAUUUGACCUAUUUAGCAUUGACAUGUAAAGAUCUUCGUUAAAUAGAUUUGCAUUGGAAAAUUUUCGAAUUUUUCAUUAGUUGUUGUUUUGGAAGUUGAAGCGUUUAGUGACCGGCGGUAAUUGGUAUGUAAACAAAAGUGUUGGUUCCUAAUGGCCGGUCACUCACAAUUUCUUUGUUUUGUAGCCUGUUAAGAGUCGAAUGGGUAAGUUAUAAGUAGCAUUUAGUUAAAUUAAUAAAUUAUUUACUAAAAUUUAGUUAAACAUCAUUUUGUUUUAUCGCUAAAAUUAACCGGUUACUUGAGCCUGUUUGCCAGGAAUCAUCAUUUUGUCAGUCAUCGCACUUUGUUCAAAAUUAACUAAAUUCGCUGAAAAAAUUCCCAAAAUGCAGAUCCAAAAUACAUGUUGACAGCUGCUUACAAGGAAAUUAUUCGUUUCCGUCUUGUGGUAUAGACGUAUAGUUUUUCCUUAAGAAAACAUUAUCGGUACUGGAAAAAGUCGAUUGAAUGGUAAAAGGGCCAGCUAAGCAUCCGCAAGUUAAGUUAUUUAUUUUGUAAUUUUUGUAAUGAAUAAAAAUCUGCAAUCGUUUUUUAUAACACAUGUUUGAAGUUGAACAAGUUUUAAUUUUUCUGUUGUGUAAAAAAUUUAAGGUACACCGGGGCAAGUGCAAACGAUCAACUUUUCUCUGUUACAAAAAAAAAAUUAAAAAAUAGUGCAAGUGCAAACCACACUACCGGGGAAGUGUAAACACACCUUUAAGCCAUGAAACAUCAGCCAUUUCAGAAAAUUAUUCUCCAAAAUAGUUAAGCAUUAUAUUAGAAUGGUCAGAAGGGGUAUCCAAAGUGUUGUAUCUGAAGCAGAUUUUAAAAAUUCCGUAAUGCCUUGGUAAAUGAAGGUCUUUUACUUAAAACAACUGGAACAGGAAAACAGCAAAUAUAAUAAUAAAAGUUGAUAAAUCUUUCCGAAACAUGUAUUAAAUUCCUUUUAGGACCGAUACACUGACGCAUCUGUGAAUUAGUUUGGAAAAAGUAUUGCGUUUGCACUUGCCCCCAUAAACGGGGUAAGUGCAAACUUAGGAAUUUUUUCACAGGGGUCCGUUGCUUUUUACCAACAUUUUUUAAAUUUUUCACUUUCAACGGGAAUUUGUUAAUAACUAUUUUAGUGAUGCAACGAAAGAUAAUUGAUAAUUUUUGAACAUAUACAUAUUUUUCUAGGACAUGUGAAAGUUGAACCACGUUGAACUAUUGUGAAAUCCGUUUGCACUUGCCCCGGUGUACCUUAUUUCUAGACUGUUUCAUGAGUGUUUUUUUUUAAAUAAUUCAGGUUAGAAGGUUUUUGCAUAUGACAAGGCAAGAAUAAUUAAUGCUUUUCCUAGAAUAUUAAUUCGUUAUUUAUAUACACAAUAGUCGAGAAACCACGAUUUCGGUAUUACCAUCAUGUCACCAUCUACCGCCCAGUUAAGCGGUUUUUCAACUUCAAACAUGUGUAAUAAAAAUACGACAGCAGAUUUUUAUUCGCUUUCUUUUCCAAUACAUCUCAAAACUGCUCUACUUUAAAUAAAAAAAUUAGUGGAAUGCGAAAAAUGUACGCUUUUAAAAAUAAUUAACUAAACGUUGAGGUGUUCAACUGGCCCUAUUACCGCCCACUCGACUUUUUCGGGUAUCGACAAUGUUUUCUUAAGGAAAAACUAUCUAACAACACGGAAACUGUUCUUUUUAAUAUUGUCCAUGUAACGAGCUGUCAAAACCAUAUUUUGGAUCUUGAGAGAAUACAUUUUGUGAAAUCUUUCCCGCAAAUUUUGUACAAAUUUGUACAAAGUGCGUUGACUGACAAAAUGAUGAUUCCCGGCAAACAGCCUCAAGUAAUCGGUUACUUUCAGCGAUAAAACAUCAUUUUCUAACGUAAUCAAACUAAAUGCUUCUUACAAUUUACACUUUUGACACAAUACAUGCGUUAAAAACAAAUAAAUUGUGCGUGACCGGUAAUUAGGAACCCACACUUUUAUUUAUACACCAAUUACCGCCUAUCACUAAACGCUUCAAAAAACAACAACUAUUGAAAAAAUCGAAAAUUUUCCGAUGCAAAUCUAUUCUACAAAAAUGAAACUAUCAUUUCAAGUCGAUUGUAGGACAAAUAGGUACUAUUUAGUAAACAAAACCCCUUUUUUCCCUAGGAGCACAGUUAUGCUUAGUUCGCUAACAGGCGUCGAAUUCAAUAAUUUGACCGGAAACGAAAAACCAAAUAUUUUAUUUCUGGCUAUAGUUAGCAUAAUUAAGUGCUGAUUUUUCAGUGAAAUGGUCAAACAAUGAUGCCGACACAGAACACAGGUCUUAUUUUUGGAGAAAAAAUUCCACUUUUUUCGAAAUACACACAAAAGGGUGAUUUUGGGCGGUAAAUGGUGUCUGGGCGGUGAAUGGUGACUUGAUGGUAUAUUUUGCCGACUAGUUGUUUAUUGGACCUUCAAGGUUUGUUCGGCAAAAAUCAUCGAACAUAGCGAAUAAUAUUUGACAUACAGACGCUGACUUGAAAUAGUAACAAGGUUUUCGGUAAAUAUUGAGGUAUUUCGGUACUUAAUACCUAGCACUAGCAACUGUUUGGGAUUAUUCAGUAAACAUAUUUGUCACAUAGACAAUGGACGGCUUUACGCAAUAAGGGUCACUCGGUCAUAAAAAAUAACUGAUAAACGAGCUCUACAAGUUGAAAAUUCGGUGAAAAACUACAGGGUUAUUUCAUUUUUCGUUUACUGUAUAAGUAAAGCCGAUCAGUAAGCACAGAUUGUUCGAUGGGAAAGUAUAAGUUUUACAGGUUUGUAUUUAUUAUGUCUGUUCCCUGCAACAAUGCGUCAGUCUAUGCACUUUUAUAGCCAUAUAGAUGUUGAGAUCGUUUGCAUAAAAAUUAAAGCCAAAUUACAGCAUGUUUUAAUUUUGAUUAUUAACUCGUCUUGAAUGUGUAUUUUUAGAUCAGUUCGGCAAUCUGCAAUCAGCAACGAGUAGUUCGUAUAACACCUGCCAUCCGUAUUGCCAUGCGCUGAUGCCACCCCAACAGUUUAUGAACCCUGUGCUACCUAUGCCACCAGUACAACAAGCUACAAUGUCGUUUUUUGGAGCACAACCUGUAUACAAUUCUACUCCGUACAGCAUCCCGAAUCAACCACCAUAUAGCUAUCAUUCUCAGUUUCAAAAUUACCUACCGAACCAUCCUCCUCAGCCUACGAAUCCUCAUCAUCCUCCACCUCCGCUGCCUCAUUCUAAAUCAUUAGAACAUUACCAAGUUCCCUCGGCAUCCAUGUACAAUUUGACCGCAUGUAUGCAAAGGCAUUCACUCGAUCAGCCACACGACUAUAAUGUCUCGCCAGCUUCUCACUAUGGUGGACCAAUGGGAAUGGCAGCGCCGAGUGUGACUUACGAUGCAGUUGAUGGCUGUGGAAUGGCAUACAAUAAUCACGCGUACAACGUAUCGGGAAAUCGUUAUCCCCUUCCAUACCAACUUUCAACGAAUUUGAGUCCGUAUAUGAACGGAAAUAUGGCCGGGAAGCAGAAUGGAACCGAACAGUUUAAUCAGCAGUUAGAAAUGAAUAGUUUUCCUCCACAGAUAUCUCCUUUCCAACCUCAACGCAGCUUGAGUAAAGGACACGGAAUUCCCAGGCAUACGAAGGACAUGUAUUUGGACCACAACUUGGAACAGCCAGAUACGCGGCCUAUGACUUCGAUUUUGAGCAAGAAAAAAUCUUACGACGAUUUUGAUGUUUCUUCAACAAGACGUGGUAGUGAGGCGAAGCAUGCUGCUGAAGAACUAUUUUAUAUCGAUUCUAAUGAUGAGCCCAAGAAAGAACGGAAGAAAUCUGAACUGAUUAGAGGAUUUGAGAGUGAAAUGCUGCCGAAAACGCUUCAAGAACGGCAGCACCGACUCCUACAGCAUCAAACAUCUCGAAACUCUAGGCAAUCGGAUUUUGAUAGCUAUGAAGACGAACAGCUUCAGGCUGGGGCAUAUCAGAGAGCAAACAAUGUAAGUAAGCUAAUUUCCAGCAAAAAACAAGAUGGUAUUGGUUCCUACGAAUCGUGGAAUUUUGUGUACCAAAAAUUAGAACAACAAGGUUAUAGCAAGGAUCUAGGAGAACGAGGUGAUAUUUUAGUGGAAGACGAAGAUGUAAAUUACCAUGAAGGUAAAACAAGUCGUACUAGUAAUCUUGCACAAAAUAGCAAAGAUAAAAUAAAGAAAUCCGACAAAAAUGAUGGGAUCAGAGGGUCUUCUACGAGACAAAGCCAAGCUAGUGGAACACUAUACGCACGUGACAAUGAAUGCAAUGAUUUAAUCGCUCGAAGUCACCAGAAAUCUUUGCCAGUUCAAAAUUUGUCCAAAUUGGUCAACAAUAAUCACACAGACAAUAGCCAAGCGACGAAUCAUUCCAGCCAUUCUGGAACGAGCACCAUUAAUGCUGCAAGCAGCAGCCGGCGAAAUUCAAUCACCCGUAAGAUAUCGACAACAUCUAAUAAAGACAAUGGCACAACAAGCAACAGCAGCGGGGGAGGAAUUCUUGUCAAUCAUAACAACUCCAACCAUCAACCGUCGGCGUCACUCUCCGGUAAGAAAAAGACAACUAGCUUCGAUACCGCUGGUGUAACCAUCAUCAAUCCUCAAGAUGUGAGUUCGAAAGAUACAGCGGGUGGAGCAAAUGAAUGGAAUUGUAAAUUUUGCACAUUUUUGAACCCUGCAACUAAACGCAUUUGUGAAAUAUGCUCCAAAAGUCGCGACUUUGAUUUGAAUGGGCAACCAAAGACAACCAAGAGCAAUGGCAACGGAGCAGCGACCUGUGUCUAACAGAAACAUGUUGUGAUCAAUUGUACUGCUCGUAAACUACAAGCUGCAUACGAGAGAAUCAGAAAAUAAAUCCAUAUACAGAAAGUUAUUACUUGCAAUAACGACUACAGAAUGAGGUACUUUAUUUUGCAGGUAAAAUCACUAGUCAAGACGAACUAAAAGAAGUAUAUAUACAUACAUACAUAUAUAAAAGGAACAAUUACUAAAUUUGUUAAAAAUUACACUAUUUUUAGAUUUCUUAACGCAAAACAAUCUAAUGUCUAACAUUUGUAGCAAUUUCUAAACUAAUUAAUGUAAGGUCAUGUUUCCCAUAUUAUAAAGAUUUUAAUAAAAAAAAUCUUACUUUGUUUGCUGUUAACAGAA